AUGUAUUUUGUUGUCGUUGGUUCGUCUCAUACCUCAAAUGAGUUGGAUGGUAUGAAGAUAAACAAACCCUGGCCUGUAAAUAAAUACGCUCUUCCGCCCGGGACGAUAGCAUAUUAUUUGUGGCCAUCGAAAAUAAUGGUCUCCUGGGCACUUAUUUUCACGCUGGUGCUGCUUCACCUGACCCAACUGAGGGGGAAGAAAUACUACAAUGAUUGCUGUGAGUCCAAAAACAUUAAGAUUUUCUUACUUGGUUUUCAUUUUUCCAUGUAUGAUUUGAUUAACGAGAAUUUCUGCUCUGUUGAUAAGCUAAACCGUCGUACAGGUUGCAUUUAU